UGUCAUGAAAACUUCCUACUUUGAUCAGCAGAGGGUGGAGAGAGAGAGAGAAAAAAAAAUCUUCUAAAGGCCGAAGGAUGCUGCACUGUUGUUUACUGUGCACUUGGCUUCAGUUCACGCCCCCUUCCGGAAGGAGCAACAGGGACCAGAGCAUCGUGCACCUUGACCUGUCUAGACUGCAGAGAAGUUUUUUUGUCCCGGUUACCAAGGGCGAGGGGUGCUCUUUGACCCUUGGAGCACUAGCUGUUGAGACCCUCACUAAGUAUGUAGGUAGUGUCUAAAUGUUUCUGCUGAAUUCUUGCUGAAUUCUGAAGGGAAAGGAACGGACAAAGACAUGGACCAGCUGUUCUAAAAUAAAGCUGAAAUAGUAGAACCUUGGAGAAGUUAAAUUGCAUUCCUUUAGCUCAGUCAGAGGCAUUCUUAACAGAAGUUUUGGAGACCGUAUGUGAGAGAAUGAAUGACUACAAACUUGAAGAUGAUUCUAACGACAGGCCAAAGACAUUCAAGCGAUUUGCUCCGAGGAAAGGAGACAAAAUGUACAAAGAAUUUAAACGAUUCUAUUUUUACUCCGAUGCUUACUGGCCUUUGAGAUUUGCGUGUGAAAUGAUAAUAGAAGAAUAUGAAGAUGAAAUAUUCUCACUUAUCGCCCAGGAGGCAGACCAUCUAGCUGACAAGUUGUGCACUGAAAAAUCAGAUCUUUGUGAUGCUCCUUCUACUAGUCACACUGAGCUUUAAGAUGACCAAGCUACUAGUUAUAAAGAGAAGUAAGGUGACAAUCUCUCCCCUCCCCCAAAAGAUCAAUGCUUAUGUUCUCUGGCGCUUCCUGCCUUUCAUCACCAUAAUCAGUACUCAUGCCUCUGCUUUAAGUGUGUGUGCUAAGUUCUUUGGUGGUUAAAACUGAGCAAAAUUUUAAAAAGUGAAAAAACAUAAUGACGAACUUGUUCCUCUGAAUAGUUUCUUCAGGUAAAAUUAUAGAGUCCAUCCAUGUCUGUUCCAUUGCUUUAAUAACGUAAGACUUAAAUGAGACUUAACGUGAGAGACAAUGUGAUAAAUGCAAUUUUCUUGAAGGGUUAUGGAAGGAGGAUUUCCUAUAAACAUGAAUAAGAAUUUAAUAAGGUUUAACAAAUUAUGUACUACAAUAGAUGUGUUUUGGUUAGAGAACUUUACUCAAAUAGCUGAUUAGAAAUAUGAAGUCAAGCAAUAAUUACUGGCAAGUGGUUCUUAACCUUUCUAGCUCAAGGUUAAUAUUGUCCACCCAGAUUUUCACAAGGGAUAGAUUUCAAUAACAUAAUUACCUUAAGAUUAUCAUUUUCCUUUAAAAGGGUAGAACAAAUAUGAAGUUAAUCAUUUUUGUUUAGAAUCAUAAUGAGGUUUGAUCUUUACUGUAAGUUUUAAAAUACCAAAAUCUAAAUUCAAAUGAUAUAAAAAUUUAUUUCUUGCUUAUUAUACAAUAUACUCUUAAAAGAUCCCAUCAACAAAGAUGCUUUGUUUUGCUGAUGAAUAUCUUGCUUAAGUAAAAUUGUGGUUACUAGCAUAUAGUGAAAAUUAUUUCUGAAACUAAUUGUCUAGUAGUUAUCAUUAUCAUCAUCAUCAUCAUUGGAAAGGGAGAGACAAGGCUUUGUUAGACUGAAAGAUACAACUUGGUACCAACAUAUUUAGCACAAUGCCUUCAAUUAAUCCAACAAAUAUUUAUUAUUCUUUGC